AUGCAUGAAUCAGAUGAGGACUUCGAAGACAACGAGAGCCAUCUUUUUAUACCACUCGUUAGGCCAAAAAAGAUAGUGCGACGACGGUCCUUGUGUUCUGAUCACAUGUCCUUGACUCCAGUCAUAGAUGACGACGAUGAGGGCACGGACAGCGAGGAGCGCAGAAAAGUGCAGGCGCGCCGACCGCUCCGGAAGGUUCUCGAAAAUCAACAUGAGCCACGUCUAGUCUUUGCUGUCGUGCCAAAAGAAGGACAUCGCCUUUGCUUUGAUCACAAGAUCUUACUACCGGGUUCUGACGGUGCUGUCUUUCUGCCGGUGCCGAAACCUGAAGGUAUAAUCAAACCAAGUGAGCAGUCGGAUAUUUUGAUGCACCCUCUACCACCCGAUGACGCAUUCACCUCUCUGGCUGGAUUUCCUACGACUAAUGACAACAUGCCCGUGCCAGGGACGCAGCCACAUAUGCUUAACGGCACUACAGGCCAGAGGACUGCCUCAGACACCCCAGCACCCACCACUACCAAGCCCGCAAGAGACCCACAUCCAGAAUAUAGUCAAGUGGACUUGAUUGCGGCAGAAAGUAUCCAUGCACCUUUUGAAAGAUUUUCGGCACCUUCUUCUGCAACUAAAGUCAAGAAGAUCAGGGGAGACAUUCGGGAUGAGCUUCAAGCUUUGGGCUCAAUUGCUCCUGCUCAACAAAGCCCUGAACCGAUCACUUCGCGACUCCCAGUUAAUGUUGGUGAAGUAGUGCGGCAGGGGGACAUACGAGGUUCAAGUACACACCAAUCUCACGACAUGGCCAGUUUACCGGCUGAAAGGUCUGGAAUGCCGGAUUUUAACCAACUUCGUUCUCUCAUGCUGGCCAUGGGAAAGUCAGGACUAGUGCCAUCCAUGUUUUACGCACAAAUGUAUCCGCAGCUUAUGGCACCUCAUCAGGGAGUACCAACCGCAUCACAUGUCGUUCAACCAUCGCAAGCUGUGAUGGCAGCGCCUCCACACGUACUGCCGGCGCCCCCGCAUGUUCGGCCUGGGUCUUCCCACAUGCUCCCACCUCACUUUUUUGGUUCUUCAGCACUUGGGACCACCGCAUCAAGCCGCGUUGUAGGAGUCCCUCUCAUUGCAGAUGUACAGGAACCAGUCAAUGAGACAACUUUAAGGCAAAUCCCUGCGGAACAUGUUGAGGACUUCAAGGAUACAUACAAACGAACUCUCUUGGAACUAAAGAAACAGAAUACGGGCAGUAGUCAUGUCGAGCGCGGUGAUCUUGGUUGAAUAUCUAAGCUCACUACGUCGUUGAAAGUUUAGGGGCAAAUACACCAGUUGACGAUGAUAAGCAAAAAGUCUGCAGCUGUAGCCCUUCUGAAGACUAUUCGUCCACGGACCGUUGUUUAUGCAGUAUAGGCAUAUCUGGAGAAGUUGAUCGCUGGGAGCGUUCGGCUGGCAAUCCAAAAUAGGAUCUGCGUAUCCCUACGUGCCAUGAACACAUCUGGAAUAAUCUGGCCCGACAGGAUCCCCGUCUUGAGUGUGGGGUCCCACAAGCAAGCAGUCAGGAUUCAAAGAAUUGGUUACGACUGAAGGAGAAAGAGAAGACGGAGCACGAGCAUUUAGUGUAGGGGGCCUUGUUGGGGCUUAGAGGUUAGGAAGCCUCAGACGCGCAUUUGCGGUGGUUUAAAAGGGCGGGCAUAUGGUACAUGUAUCAUCUUUAUUCAACGAAUUCCGCUCUGAACUACAUUCGUUAAUUUCAGACCCAUGAAAACGAACAAACGAAAUGAAAACAGAUGCUGCAUAGCCUGGCUUCGCGCAUUGCUUGGCAA